AUUCUUGUAUCCGCCGUUGGUUGCCCCGCAAAAUCUAAAAUGUCGUUUAUUUGUCGAUGUCGUGCCGCCCACCGCCUCCUCGCUCCCCUGUCUUUCUUUCACACCAUGAACGUUCUACUCUCCAGCCAGGAAACUGGCGGAAUCAGAGUGGUUCGGAUAACUCCGGCGUUGAGGAUCCUCCCACGAACCGAAUUGUGUCGUGAGGGAAAGUCAAACUAUAUCCAGAAAAUCGUCUCCUUCUCCUACGGUGGCAAGGGCUACCUUGCCUUGGCCCGUAGAAGCGGCUUGGUCCAGUUGUACGAGAGAGAACAGGCGCCGGCGACGACGCCCCCCCGCGACGUGAACGUGACCGCCAACGUGACCGCGACCGCGACCGCCACGGCAACCUCCUACAAACUCUACAAGGAGUGGAAACACUCGAACCACAGUCAUGUGGACCCCAUAGUGGCGAUGGGGUUUGUUUGUCAACGAUAUCUCUACAGUUGUUCGGGAGAGGGGAAGCUUAUAUUCCGAGAUCUAGUCAAUGACGACGAUGAUGACAGUUAUAUGGUGCUACAAGUGCAGGCGCCCGUCAGUUGUGUGGACGUUAAGCGCGGCAGAGACCAUGACCCCUUGCUGGUGGUGUGUGCAGGAAAGGGCAACGGGGUUAAGGUGUAUCGUGUCAAGUUGAGAGGAGGAGGAGGAGGAGGAGUAGGGAGACAUGUAGGUGAAGGCAGGAGUGAAGGGCAGGGACAAGAUUGUGUAGAGGAUGACGACGACAAUGCUACAGAAGGGGGAGAGGGCCCUGGAAAUGAAACGAUGUCCGUGCCAGCGACAGCGACAGCGCCAGCACCACUUGCCUUUGCCUUUGCAGCCCCAGGGUCCUCGUUCCCCACGAUCAACCCGUUUAGUAUAUUUGUUUACCCGGCCAUGGCCACUUCAUCCCUGGGUUCCCGAUCGCUUGGCUACCAGAAACAGCCACAUUUAUCGCCAUCAUGGAGUUCCCAGACCGCGGGACGUGAGCCCAGCCACUCGCAUGCUGCCACCUCCGCCUCCGCCACCGACGCCACCGCCACCGACGCCACCGCCACCGACGCCACCGCCGCCGCCUCCAGCCAGAAAAGCAACUGGAUCGUCUCGGUGUGCUUUGUCCAAGUCAACGACCAUCACCACCACCAACACUCUUUGCUUCUCUGUGGCACACAAUUUGGCUGCCUUUUGGCGUACGCGCCUGCAGACCCGCGCCCGGUGCGCGCGGUCCAACUUUCCCAAUUCGGCAUCGUCAAGUUGCAGCCAUUUGAGCACCAGGGUUGCAACUACGUCUUGUUCACCGAUUGCAUGAGCAAGGUGGGCGUUCUCAACGUGUGGACGUUCGAGGUGGUGAAUCUCUGGCACGACAUUGCCAUGGGUGGGAUCCUGGCGGGCGUCUUCAUCGUUGACAUGCUGCUGGCGGGCUCGGGCGCUGGCCGCGGUGGUGGUGCACGACGCUCCGCUGGGCCCCUGCCCGGGGAGGGCCACUGCGUGGGGCCUGGCUCCUCUGCGAGGAGUGUUUCCGGGGAGAGCAUUCCUCGUCAGAGGAAGAAGGCCUCCACGGCCAGUGGCCCACGGAGUGCCAGCGGAGCGGCUUGCAGACCCCGUAGGGAAGAGAGUUCCCACGGCCCUACCGCGGCUUCACGACGCUCCGCUGGGCCCCUGCCCGGGGAGGGCCACUGCGUGGGGCUUGGCUCCUCUACGAGGAGCUUUUACGCCGCGUGUAGUCUUCGACAGAAAAGCAGGACUACGGUACUCAGCGGCUCCCUGACGCGAAGGAACGAGGGUAUUCCAGCGGGCUGCUGCUCGGUACAGGAUGGACCGCCUGGUGUAGAUGUCUCUGAGCCAGGGAGGAAGAUCAAUCGGCUCUCGGGAUCGACGACGUACAACCCGAUCUACUUUAUAACGUCAUCGAUGGAAGGUCAGACGUUGGCGGUGUACAAGCUUUACAACGACAACCACAAGGAGAUGAUCGGCGAGUUGCCGGUAGGGUCGUUGGUCCCCAGUCUCUGUGUGACUGGUGGGGAGAACGGGUACUUGUACAGGACGUUGAGCGGCGGUGGUGGUGCACUCACGGGCGCCGGUGAAGUUGGCAGCUACAGCGUACAGAAGAGAAGAAACAGUGGCGGUUACCGCGAGGGACCAUGCCCACAUCUCCCCGGUUGA